UUGGACGAGGCAAAGUCCAAAAACAUCGCACCCCCAUCCGCGCAAAUGCAGUUGGGGCUACGUACAACUGAUGAACCAGACAAGCUCGCACCUUCGGCCGGUGCGACAAAAUGAACCGAUCAAGUCUAGCCAUUAUAAGCGUCACCAUGCUAAUGGCGAGCUUCGUAUCCUUGUCUUGCUCCGCCCCUCUUCUCCGUUCCGCCACGCAAAUCCCUCGCCUGUCUAAAACCCUUCCCAAAACCUUCUCCUGCCCCCUCUGGUCUUCGUCCUUCUCCUUCUGCCUCCACCGACCGACAAAGCACACCGUAUCUCUUAUUUCCGCUGGUUUCUGCACUGUCCCUUCGUCAAAGAUGACCUCUUCGGUCGAUGACAGCUUGGACUCGAACCCGCUUCUUGGAGACUUCGACUUCCCCCCUUUCGACAUCGUCGAGGCGAAGCACGUGCAGCCGGGAAUCCGGGAGCUCUUGAGGAGACUCGAGGGCGAUCUGGUGGAGCUGGAGAGGACGGUGGAGCCUACAUGGCCCAAGUUAGUGGAGCCGCUGGAGAGAAUUCUGGAUAGGCUGCAGGUUGUGUGGGGCAUUGUGAAUCAUCUUAAGUCGGUGAAGGAUUCGUCGGAGCUUCGAUCUGCCAUUGAUGAAGUGCAGCCAGAUAAGGUUAAGUUCCAACUAAGAUUGGGACAAAGUAAACCUAUUUAUAAUGCAUUCAAAGCUAUUCAGGAUUCAGCAUCAUGGUCAUCUCUUUCUGAUGCUCAUAAACGAAUUGUGGAAGCGCAAGUUAAGGAAGCUGUUCUUAAUGGUGUUGCUCUUGAAGAUCAACUACGGGAGAAAUUCAACGAAAUUGAGCAGGAACUUGAGAAGCUAUCCCAAAAAUUUAGUGAAAAUGUCUUGGACGCUACCAAGAAGUUUGAAAAGUUAAUGACAGAUAUAAAUGAACUUGAAGGGUUGCCUGCUACGGCUCUUGGUCUAUUUGCACAGACAGCCCGUACCAAGGGCCAUGAAAAUGCUUCUGCAGAAAGCGGACCUUGGAUUAUAACAUUAGAUUAUCCAAGCUUUUCUGCUGUAUUGCAACAUGCUCAAAAUCGAACUUUGCGUGAAGAAGUAUAUCGUGCUCAUAUAUCUCGUGCCUCUCAAGGAGAUUUGGAUAAUACUCCUAUUAUUGAUCAAAUUUUGAAGCUAAGGUUGGAGAAAGCUAAGCUACUUGGAUAUAAUAAUUUUGCUGAGGUAAGCAUGUCAAUGAAGAUGGCCACAGUUCAAUCAGCAGAAAAUCUCAUUGAAAAGCUGCGAAAUGCAUCUUGGGAUCCUGCAGUUAAAGACAUGGAAGACGUUAAAAAAUUUGCUGCAGAGAAAGGUGCUGCAGAAGCUAAUGAUUUAAGUCACUGGGAUGUUAGCUUCUGGAGUGAAAGGCUUCGUGAAUCAAAAUUUGACAUAAAUGAGGAGGAGUUGCGUCCAUAUUUUUCACUACCUAAGGUCAUGGAUGGUCUUUUCAAUCUUGCAAAUAAACUUUUUGAAAUCAAGAUUGAGCCUGCUGAUGGCUUUGCUCCGGUUUGGCAGCCUGAUGUGAGAUUCUAUUGUGUUAAAGAUGCUUCAGCUAAUCCUAUUGCAUACUUCUAUUUUGAUCCAUAUUCACGGCCUUCUGAAAAAAGAGGAGGAGCAUGGAUGGAUGAAGUGUUUUCUCGUAGUACGGUGCUUGCACGAGACGGCAGCAAAGUUCGGUUGCCUGUUGCCCACAUGGUUUGCAAUCAAAUACCGCCAGUAGGAGGAAAACCUAGCCUUAUGACUUUCCGAGAGGUCGAGACCGUCUUUCAUGAAUUUGGUCAUGCACUACAACAUAUGCUAACCAAACAAGAUGAAGGGUUGGUUGCUGGAAUUAGGGGAAUAGAAUGGGAUGCUGUAGAACUUCCCUCUCAGUUCAUGGAAAACUGGUGUUACCAGAGGGAUACAUUAUUGAGCAUUGCAAAGCAUUAUGAAACUGGGGAAUCUCUACCUGAAGAAGUUUAUCAAAAGCUUCUUGCUGCAAAAACUUUUCGUGCUGGCUCAUUGAGUCUUAGACAGAUACGAUUUGCUAGUAUAGAUUUGGAACUGCAUACAAAAUAUAUUCCUGGCGGGCCUGAAUCAAUAUUUGAUGUUGAUCAAAGAGUAGGGAGUAAAACACAAGUUAUUCCUCCCUUGUUAGAGGACAGAUUUCUUUGCAGUUUCAGCCAUAUAUUUGGAGGUGGAUAUGCAGCUGGAUACUACAGUUACAAGUGGGCCGAGGUGCUGUCUGCAGAUGCUUUUUCGGCAUUUGAGGAUGCUGGGUUGGACGAUGACAAGGCUAUCAAGGAAACUGGUCAGAGGUUCCGAGACACCAUUCUCGCUCUUGGAGGUGGGAAACCUCCACUUGAGGUUUUUGUGGAAUUUCGGGGAAGAGAACCAUCGCCUGAAGCCUUACUCAGACACAAUGGAUUGUUGCCUGUUGCUGCUUAAACUGCAACAUUUUAUGAUUAUGUUUUUCC